CUGACAGGUUCCCAAUUCUUACAGGUUUAAUUAUAUGACCUCCUGCCACACAUUCACACCAUAUUCCCCACAGUGGAUGCCCAAUAUUUUCAUCCACACACCUCUUUGUCUUCCUACAUUGCGUGGAAGACCAACAGACUUCUCAAUACUGGGCAGGAUGAUUGCUGACUGUCAGUCAAAAGUGGGCAAGAAACAAAGACAAGUACGAAACUCAUCAAAUCUCUAUCAGUGGGAAACACCAGAUCAGCAACCUUGUCCUGGAGAAAAUAACACAGAAAUUGACAACUGAGGAAAUUGCACGCCUGAAUGCCACGGAAACUUCAAAAGUAAGGGACGUCAAUCUGAUGCACGCAGUCCAGGAAUGGGCACAGCGAAUGAUAUCAGCUCAGUCUCUGAUUGGCCGAGGGCUUGUAAUGAUGGUGUUCUUACUGAGCUUUGGUUCCCUUUUCAUCUACUUCGUGACAUCAAUAGAGAGUAAUGAAAGCACACAAGUGGUUCUGGAUACCCUACAGAUGGUUGAUCAAUGCUUUAAUGCAUUCUUUUUAUUUUACUUUGGACUGCGUUUCAUUGCAGCCCAAGACAAGCUUCGGUUCUGGUUGGAGCUCAAUUCCAUUGUGGACUUCUUCACCAUCCCUCCAGUUAUCGUUGCACUCUAUUUCAACAAGGACUGUAUUGGCUUGAGAUUCAUGAGAUCUCUUCGCUUGCUGCAAUUACCUGAAAUCCUACAAUACUUACGGAUCUUGAAGAGAAAUUCAAAAAUCAAACUGGCAAGUCUGCUGUCUGUGUUUCUGGGCACAUGGUUCACAGCUGCUGGCUUCAUACACACAAUUGAAAAUUCAGGAGAUCCCUGGUUGAAAGAACCCAAUGAACAAACCUUAACGUACUGGCAGUGUGUCUACCUACUCAUGGUCACCAUGUCCACUGUUGGAUACGGGGACUUGAUUGCCAAAACUACAGUUGGCCAGGUCUUCAUGGUAUUCUUCAUCAUUUUGGGCUUGGCUUUGUUUGCAAGUCACGUCCCUGAGAUUAUAGAAAUUAUUGGAAGCCAUCGGAAAUAUACUGGGAGAUACAGCCACUUCACAGGUAAAAAAUAUGUUAUAGUCUGUGGUCAUAUUACUCGUAACAGUAUCCAUGACUUUCUGAAGGAUUUUACUCGUAAAGAAAGAGAGGAAAGUUCAACAGACAUUGUAGUUAUGGAGAACUUUAACCCUGGCCUUGAGCUUCAGGCCCUGUUUAAACGACACACAACACAGAUGAAGUUUUUCCAAGGAUCAGUACUCAACUCCAGUGAUUUGGACAGGAUUCGGCCGGACAAUGCAGAUGCCUGUCUGAUUUUGGCAGAUAAAAACUGUCUGAAUCCUGAAGCGGAAGAUUCUGCAAACAUCAUGAGGGCAAUUGCUGUCAAGCAGUACUGUCCUGAAAUAAGAGUGAUUGCCCAGGUACUACAAUACCAUAGCAAGGCCUACCUACAGAAUAUUCCCAGCUGGGACAUGAAGAGGAGAGAUAGUGUGAUUUGCUUGUCGGAGGUGAAAAUGGGAUUUAUUGCUCAGAACUGCAUCGUCCCAGGCUUCUCCACGCUUUUGGCCAAUCUCUUUGUCAAGAACCCGCAAGUAGAGCAUAAAACUGGAACAUGGCUUGAUACCUACAAAGAGGGACUCAGCCAGGAGAUUUACACCGAAUUUCUGUCUGACAGUUUCAUAGGCAUGUCCUUUAAUUCUGUGUGCGAGCUGUGCUACAUUCGGCUAAAACUCCUAUUGAUAGCCAUUCGGUACAGGACCAGCUCAGAUGACAUCAGUAUAUUGAUCAACCCAGAUCACAGGAUUCUGAUCCAGGAACACACACUUGGAUUCUUCAUUGCCAAGAAACGUGCCCUUGUACAGAGAGCAAAUAUUUACUGCAAUGAAUGUCAUGAAGAUAUUGUUGACCCCAGGCGGAUUAAGAAGUGCGGGUGCAAAAGAAUACACGACAGUGAAAAGCUUCAUUACUCUGUGAUCCGAAGCCGGUCAUUGGGAGUGCUACCAAGGCAGGACGCAUCACUGGAAAAGAUUGAAACAAUACCAACUAAUGAGACGGUGAAAUUGGACUCCACUGGUAUGUUCCACUGGUGCCCACCAAAGGGCAUUAAUCAAGUGACACUGAAUCGUGCAAUGGCAGCAAGACUGCGGCUUUCCAGACACGUGAUAGUCUGCAUCUUUGGCGAGGCACAGUGUCCUGGGAUAGGGCUGCGCAACUUUGUCAUGCCUCUGCGAGCGAGCAGCUUUUCUUACGAUGAACUCAAAUCCAUUGUGUUUGUGGGGUCCCUGGAUUACAUUAACCAGGAAUGGUCAACCAUCAGCAAUUUCCCCAAGAUCUUCAUUCUGCCGGGCUCACCAUUAUGUCGUGCUGAUUUAAAAGCAGUUGGCAUCAGUUCCUGUGAUAUGACCGUUAUUAUCUCAUCAAAUCGGACCAAUUUGCAGGAGAAGACCCUAGAAGACAAAGAGUGUAUCUUAGCAACACUCAACCUCAAGGCAAUGCUUUUUGAAGAAGCCUUGGACAUGAGUGACAUGAUAUCACGAACUCUUACAGGAAGUAAUCUUCCAAGUAUGAAUUUUUCGAUGAACGAGAACAAGCAUUACUACAGAAUUCCUGUCAUCACUGCACUUGUUCACGAUUCCAAUGUCCAUUUUCUGGAUCAGGAGGACCGCGAUGAUCCCAAUACAGACCUUUACCUCACACAGCCGUAUGCCAGUGGAAGUGUAUUUGCAUCAAACAUUUUGAAUUCAUUGAUGUGCACAACAUACUUCAAUGAUAACAUUCUGAUGCUGAUACGUACCCUUGUUACUGGGGGUGGGACACCAGAGCUUGAAGAACAGUUGGCUGACGAGGAUUCCCUGAGGGGCAGCAUCCAUGCCCAGGACAAAGCAGGCCAGCGGAAUCGCUGCAAACUGGCACGAAUUACCCUGUGUGAUGAGCGCUUUGCAGAGUUUGCUGAUGGAGGCAGGUAUAAGGAUCUGUUCUGCAAAGCUUUGAACGUUUAUGGGAUACUUUGUUUCGGAAUUUUUCGAUUGCAAGAUCCUGAAAAGCAAUCAAAGAAACGAUUUGUCAUCACAAAUCCUUCCCCUUUAUUUGAACUUAAUGUGACAGACUUCAUCAUGUGCACCGUGCCAUUCCAUGACACACAAACCAUGGCUACUUCCACAUACUGUCACAGAAAUUACUCUUCCAAGUUCAUCCCAUUGCAUGUAUUGGCCAGAAGAAGCUCCAUGAGGUUCACAAAGGUUCCAAAUGAUGGUUAUGCAUCUCAAACUGACAAUAAAUUCAUCAAAGACGAGGAGAAACUAAUUGAGGAGACAUAUGAUUUCAGCACAGGUAGAAUUGUUGAAGACAUUAGUGUCUCCAAAAGCAGGAGAAAACUUUUGGAAAGGGCUGUGAUAGACCGGUGGAAACAAUUGCAAAGAACAACUGAAUUGCAUAUGCAUUCAAAGGGGAAAAAGAAAUCUAAUGAUAGUACAACAAUCGAAAAACCAAAAGAAGGGCCAACAGCGAGUGAAACCUCAUUGCUGAGACAGUUUGAGGUGCUGCCAAAACCUGACAAGGAAACCACAGCUGGAAGCUUCGAAAGAGAUUUAAUGGCUGAAGAAAUUGUGGCUGGACAAUCAAAGGUAUCUGAUAGUGAAAACAUAGUCAGAAAAUCAAAGAUGGAGUUAAAAUCUGGCGAGGAAGCUGUAUCUGAACAAUCAAAGGAAGACCAAAAACCUCGUGAAGAAAUAGUAUUUGAUCAUUCAAAGGAAGAGUUAAAAUCUGGUGAAGGAACGAUUGCUGAACAAUCCAGGGAAGACCAACUAUCUGGUGAAAUUGCUCCAGAGCAGGAUUCUUCUCCCCUGUGUUCCACUGAUCCCUUCACCUGUUGCCAGUAUUCACGCUCCACUUGGAGCCCUUCCCUGGCCUCUUAUGUGCCCUCGGUCUCUUCAUUGAAAACUGCCAACGUGACAGCGGCUAUCAAACCCACCGACACUUCAGUCCAACUCGUCCAUGCUGACCAGAAAACCCCCAGCUACUGUUAUGACACUACAGAUUUCCCACAGAAACUCAGCAUCCAUGAACCAGUCAAACCAUUCCUUGUCACAAUGGACGUUUUGGCACUCAACACCAGCAUUCCCCAUGACGAUGGCAUCGCCACAACAGCUUGUGUCCUGAAAGGAAUUUGA